GGACAAACGAUCCUUCGUCCGUCCACUAACCACACCGAGAAAGGCUUCCGUCCAGCUCCAACGACACCCGUGACUCGGCGACGAACCCCCCCCAUCCCGGCGGACCCUCUACAGCCCCAGAGGAGCUAUAUCCACCACAAAAAGCUGUCGCCUUGCUGCUGCUGCGCGCGCGGUCAGCUCUGCCCUCAACGGCGCGCGGCCCAGCGUACGGUAGCUACGCCCUCAGAAAAAGAAGGAUUCGCCCGCCAUGUUGUGGCUAUUCCAGGCGCUGUUUAGCAUCAUCUUUCUCCUGAGCAUCGUGCUCUCGAUACCCAUUUGCUUCGACGUCGGCGGUCGCGAUGCCGGCUUAGCAUACAGCUUAUCCCUGUUUAUCUUCUACCUUUUCUACUCGGCCGCCAAGCUCGCGACACCGGACAAUUCGCGAUUCCGACGCGCUCUAACCGAGUUAAUACGGCUGUCGCAGUGGGUCGUCAUCCCUGGACUUCUCAUAUGGUCCCUGAACCGCUUCUCAGUUGACGAGGCCCUGCUGGAUGCGGCGCAAAACCACGGCCAUGGAUCUGGAGAUUGGGUCAGGCGCGCAUGGUUCGGCCACGAUAGUGUGGCCCAACCUGCCGCGCCCGCCCCGACCAACUGGCACGACUGGUUUUUCGGAUCGAAGGGGGUUUUGGAGUCGAUGUGGCUAGGCAGCUGGGACAGGGGCCUGAGCUACUCGAGCCCUCUUUUCCAGCUUUGUGAAGGUUUUUGCACCGUUCUCGUCAUCCAGGCCGCUGGACAGAUGACGAGAUGGUUGGUGAACCGUGGCCGCAGUGAUACUUGGGUGAUCGUCCUUCUAGUCAUAUCGAGCUCCAUCCUGACCAGUGCCGCCUACUUCUUGUGGAGGAUUAUGAAAUUCCCACAGAUCAACAACAUCGAUGCAACUCUGAUUGGUGUUACCAUCACCUCGGCGGUGUUUUUGGGCGCAUACGGCAUUAGUAGUGGGCGUGGCAAUCCGAUCGAGUCCUCACUUUUGUUUGCAUAUGUCGUCCUCUGCGUUUACCAGAUUUUCACCGACUAUAUGCCCUCAGACCCUGCGGCCGCCGAGGCUUUGGCGGCUGCUCAAGCUGCUCAGCAACCCGAAUUCCCCCCACUGCCGCCCUUUAUUAUGGCAUCUUGGUCAACCCUGCGGCAUAUGUUGGCCAGCCUGCCAGAGGCAUUUAACGUGUCGUUUACCUUCCUCUACGCGGCGUUCCAGACCGUAACGCCCUCGGUCAUAAUCUCACUGGCAUACCGCAUCACAGUCUUCUACUGCGCCACGCGCAUAAUACCCGCGAUUCGCGAAACUGGAACCCACGCGUUGAUGGCGGACCCAGAACUGUACGGGGACUCGUCGGAUGGGGCGACCAAGCUCCUGAGUGUGCUGUCCUGGUUCUCGCCAUCGAUCCUCAUCGCCGUCUACACAAGCUUGCUGCUACAACAUUUUACAGUAGCUGCGGAUAGCGACAUUGGAUGGACCCUUACGGCCGGCGAUAUCGGUGGAAAUCCCUGGCGCUGGGUUAACGUCGGAGCCACGAUGCUCAUGUACUCUCUCGAACUUUACCUGGGCGAAGAUGAGCCGGCAGCACAUUGGAAGAGCGACUAAGUAGACAGAUUGGAUACACCGAUUGUCCUUUAGGUCCACAUGCCACUCAGGGCUGAAAAAAAAAACACGAUGCUCUGCGCAUCGACAAUACACCGAGUCAGCUUCAGCUAUUGCACAUGCUGACCUCUACAACUAUUUGCUCCCUCUACCUAUACCCAUGAGGUCGAGCCCAUCCGCCUUCCAUCUUAUAUCCAGGUUGGCUACUAUUUAUCCGGCAGCUUUAUUUCCUUUGUCACAACAUACGCUGCACGGUCAGAGUUCUAGCGCAUAAUCGCCAAGAACUCCCAAUAACAAAUACCUCAUCAUCUACCCCAGAACCCAUACCUUUUUCUUCCUUCGGCCCCAAAUGAUGACUCGGUGGGGCCACUUGAAUAUACCCUUACUGGUGGAUCUCUGCUCUUUCCUCAUUAUUGACUGUGGUUCGUCUGGGGUUACUUUUUUUUUACGGCAAGGCAAAAAUCGGAAUAAAUGCUAUUGUGAAUAGGCACACAGCAAGGCGUUAAUCUUUCAUGUUUGUUGGGCUUUGGUGGACUUGUACUUCGUUUUUUCUUUUACUGAUUGUACCGGAAUGGUACCAUCUUGGGUUUAUUCGGAGGGCCUGCUCUGUCAGCUUUUUUCUUCUCCCCGUUGGCGUGGCAUUAGUCUAGUGGCCUGGCGGAGGACUCGCGAGGCCAGUGGGGUGGUUUUUACGGAACGAACUCUAGAAACGCAG